AGUUUAUGAGAACCUGCUCAUUGACUGAUUGUUAACGCCUACGAAUUUUCGUCGAAUUUGCAAAAAAGCCUUAUCUGGUUUUUCAAUUGCAUCGGAUUAGUUACUCAGGCCCAAAUGACAAACCAGGUGUCUCCAGUCGAAGAGCAGGAGAAACUCCUAGAGGAGGCCUUGAACAUUGUUAAAGUUCAGGCAUUUCAAAUGAAAAGAUGUCUGGACAAAUCUAAAUUGAUGGACGCCCUGAAACAUGCAUCAACAAUGCUGGGUGAAUUGAGAACUUCACUGUUAUCACCAAAGAGCUAUUAUGAGCUUUAUAUGGCAAUAACAGAUGAACUGCGUCACCUAGAGCUGUAUCUUCUGGAGGAGUUCCAAAAGGGAAGGAAGGUUGCAGAUCUUUACGAACUGGUCCAAUAUGCCGGGAACAUUGUACCUAGAUUGUACCUGUUAAUCACAGUAGGACUGGUCUACAUCAAAACAAACACGAAUCUGCGAAGAGAUCUAUUGAAGGAUCUGGUUGAGAUGUGUCGCGGAGUUCAGCAUCCUUUGAGAGGACUUUUCCUUAGGAAUUACCUAUUGCAGUGCACAAGGAACGUUUUACCGGACACACACGAAGCCCCAAAUGAAAACGAGGGAACUGUACGAGACGCUGUUGAUUUUGUCCUGAUGAAUUUCGCCGAAAUGAACAAGCUGUGGGUCAGGAUGCAGCACCAGGGACACUCAAGAGAUAAAGAGCGCCGCGAACGGGAACGCUCUGAGCUUCGUAUAUUAGUUGGCACGAAUUUGGUUCGACUCUCGCAACUGGAGUCCGUCACGGUGGAGGACUACCGCAGGAUGGUGCUACCCGGCAUCUUGGAGCAGGUCGUGAGCUGCAGGGACGCCAUAGCGCAGGAGUACCUCAUGGAGUGUAUCAUACAGGUGUUCCCGGAUGAGUUCCAUCUGGCCAACUUGCAGCCGUUCCUCAAGUCGUGUGCUGAACUCCAACCCGGAGUCAACAUCAAGAACAUCAUCAUAGCACUGAUCGAGAGGCUCGCUUCAUAUAGCCAGAGGAAUGAAGGCAAUAUGAAUCUAAGCGUGGUCCUGGAAGAUGGACAAGAACAAGAAGUCCAACUGUUCGAAGUUUUCUCUGAUCAAGUUGCUGCGAUAACCCAGAGCAGGGUCGACAUGCCCCAAGAAGACAUGCUGAGCCUCCAACUCGCUCUGCUCAAGCUAGCUCAGCGAUGUCACCCGGACAAGCUGAACUAUGUGGACCGGGUUCUAGCUCACACGGACAAGAUCUGCGCUGACAUACAUCAGUCCAGCGGCCAGUCCACGUUGGAGCACCACACGCCAGUCUUCAAGGAACUGAUGAAGAUCAUCAAGCUGCCCUGCGACCACUACAAGAACAUAUUGGUGCUGAUUAAGUUGUCCAAUUACGCGCCGCUGAUACGACACCUCAGCUACCAGGGUCGGGUGAUGAUAGCCGUCCACCUCAUCAACGACGUGCUGGAGACCAACACCGCAAUAUCCACUCCGCAAGAUGUCGAAGCUGUCCUCGGUCUCUUGGAUGUGCUGGUGAAGGACCAGCCGGAUCAGCCGCCCUCUGAAAGCGACGUUGAAGACUUCGUGGAAGAACAGGGGUUGUUGGCCAGACUGAUUCAUCAUUUCAAAUCGGACUCCGCCGACCAGCAGUAUCUGAUAACCAGCACAGCGAGGAAGAUCCUUCAGGGUGGCGGAGCGAGGAGGAUCCAGCACACGUUCCCGCCGCUGGUGUUCCACGCUUACCGUCUGGCGUUCGUUUAUAAGGACCUCAAAGACCAGGACGAGAUGUGGGAGAAGAAAUGCCAGAAGAUAUUCCAGUUCUGUCACCAGACCAUCACCAUGCUCGUGAAGGCGGAAUUGGCCGAACUCCCUCUGAGGUUGUACCUCCAGGGAGCUUUGGCGAUAAGCGAAAUAGGAUUUGCCAAUCAUGAAACGAUAGCUUAUGAGUUCCUGUCGCAAGCUUUCUCGCUGUAUGAAGACGAGAUAUCCGACAGCAAAGCGCAACUGGCCGCAAUAACAUUGAUAAUAGCCACCUUCGAGCAGAUCAAUUGUUUUGGCGCUGAGAACGCGGAGCCGAUGCGCACCCAGUGCGCGCUGGCGGCCAGCAAGCUGCUGAAGAAGCCGGACCAGAGCAGGGCCGUGGCGCUCUGCUCGCAUCUCUUCUGGAAGGGGACCAGGGACGGCCGCCCGGUGUGGGCGCUGAACGACGCGUCCCGCGCGCUGGACUGCCUGAAGAAGGCGGCGCGCGUGGCCCAGCAGUGCAUGGACGGCGGCGUGCAGGCGCAGCUGCUGGCCGAGCUGCUGGGCAGAUACGCGCUGCUGCGGGAGAGGGGCAACCAGAGCCUCACGCCCAGCCUCAUCGACGCGAUAAUACAGAAAAUACGCGAGGAGCUGGCCAACUUAGAUCAGUCCGAAGAAGUGGAGCAGAUCACGAAACACUUCCACAACACUUUGCAGCAUCUGAAGAACAGGAUCGAGUCUCCGGACCCCGAGAGUCUGGGCUACGAGGGUCUCACGCUGUCCUAACCCUGGGAGGUCCGGCACUUGUUCUUGUCAAUCUAUCGUAAUGACGUAGUCGGGAGCGUUAGCACUCGUGAACACACUACACUAGCGAUAUAGAGCGUCAAAGGUUCACGUAGGUACCCUUCAGCUACUAUUAUGUAAUAAAUAUCAUUAAGAUGUGUUAAUGAAAUAAUAAAUAUAACAUUUAUAUAGAGAAAUGAAAAACAAAGAUAUUAUAUGUUAUGGGUUGUGGAAACACUUUUGGAUGAAAAUGGUUAAAGUAUCUUGCCCAUAACUGUAUCGUAAUAUCGUGAGCUUUUGAAAAGCAUUUAAUAAAGAUAUCGAACACUUCAAUUUUUUGUAUUUAUUUAUCAGACAAAAGGAGUGUUACAAUUAGUAUAUAUACAAUUUUUGUAUACAUACUAUUUAAGAUAUGUUGGUAUAUGCAAUUUGAUCUGUAUAUAGAAAAAAACAUAUUUUUAGUAAACUGAAGAUUGAUCUUAGAUUAUAGUAUUGUUGUUUGUAUGUUGAUGAUCGAAUUACAGAAAUUUAAUAACAGA